GCCUUUCCCUUUCCACACCACACCCCCCUCACCACCUCUUUGUCAUGCACAAUCCCCAUUGACGGUUUCCCCUUGGUGGACAGAAGCUUUUCCAUCCAUACCAAACACAAACAGAGGCUGGACCUCUUCCUUGAAAUGUGAACUGGUUCCCUCUCAUUUCAUUCUUCAAGCUAGCAGUAGAUCUUUUUGAAAGCUGAUGAGAGCUCCUCUCUGCUCAUCUCUUAAUUUCCAUGCUCUGUUUUCCAACCUUCUGCUCAUUUUCACACGUCUCUCCAAGCGGGCAAGCUGGGCCUCAUCAACUUCAGUAGAUUGCGUUUGAAAAAGUCGCAAAGUUCAUACCUUUACACCCAGAAAGAAAUCUCCCGAGAUUUUUCAUUCCUACCGAUCCUCUCGCACUCUGUUCCUUCCUCAGCUGUUAAACUCUGCUCCAAGUUUGAAAAGUUGGCACCUUUCUUUAUCCCCAGACCAUUAGAAAGCCAAAGCCACCAUCUUUCCAAGAAAAGGACUCCCCAUCAGUUCUCACUCAUUCACCAGCCAAAAUGAACAUGCUGGUUUCCCUCUUCCUCAUCCUGCCUCUCCUCCUCUCUGCCUCCCACUCCACUCCCACCUCGGAGCUCGCUACCCUCAUGGCCAUCAAGGCCUCUCUUGACCCACAGAACCAAGUCCUCACCUCGUGGACUGACACUCCCUCCGCGGACCCCUGUGGUGGGUCCUUUGAGGGAAUAGCUUGCAAUGAGUGGGGCCACGUGGCUAACAUCUCCCUUCAGGGGAAGGGCCUCAGUGGGAGGAUUCCUUCGGCUCUGAGGGAACUCACUGACUUGACUGGCCUCUACCUUCACUUCAAUGCUCUGAGUGGAGAGAUUCCGAGGGAGAUUGGCAGCUUGAGUAAGCUGACUGAUUUGUAUCUCGAUGUGAAUAAUCUCUCUGGGGGCAUUCCUACUGAGUUUGGGAACAUGUCUAACCUUCAAGUUCUGCAGCUGUGUUACAACAAGUUGUCCGGAAGUGUCCCUACACAACUCGGGUCUCUGAAGAAGCUCACUGUUCUUGCUCUGCAAUACAAUCAUCUGACAGGUGCAAUUCCCGCUAGUUUGGGUGAGCUUCAGGUGUUAACAAGGUUGGACCUGAGCUUUAACAGCCUCUUCGGUCCGAUCCCUGUUAAACUAGCAAAUGCCCAGAUGCUUCAAGUCCUUGAUCUUCGGAACAAUACUCUCACUGGCAAUGUUCCUCCAGCACUAAGGAGGCUCAACAGUGGUUUCCAGUACCAGAACAAUCCUGGCCUGUGCGGGUUCGGUUUUCCAAACUUGGAAGCUUGUCAUGCUGCUGAUUAUAUUGAUCCGAGCAAACCUGAGCCGCUCGGGCCUGACAGUCUCUCAAAGAAAAAUAUCCCUCAGUCAGCUAAUCUCACUAAGCCUGAUUGCCAGAAACCCAACUGCAGGAACACAUCAAGACACCCUAACACUGGUCUUGUUUUUGGAGGACUUACAGUGGCAGUAGCAUUCAUUGUUUCCGGACUAUUUGCUUUCUCGUGGUACCGCCGGAGGAAACAGAAAAUUGGAAGUGCCUUUGACGCUUCAGAAAACAGGCUAAGCAUUGAUCAGGUCAAGGAGGUCCGCCGGAGGAGCGCAUCCCCGCUCAUCAGCUUAGAGUACUCCAAUGGAUGGGACCCAAUGGGUAAGGGUAGGACUGGGAGCGGGACUGCAUUCUCUCGGGAGGUCUUUGAGAGUUUCAUGUUCAAUCUAGAGGACGUGGAGCGGGCAACCCAGUCUUUCUUGGAGGUGAACCUAUUGGGCAGGAGCAGCUUCUCGGCUGUUUACAAGGGAAUUCUGAGAGAUGGGUCCUCUGUUGCUGUAAAGCGCAUUGCGAAGACAAGCUGUAAGUCCAAUGAGAACGAGUUUGUGAAGGGUUUGAAGCUAUUGACCGCACUUAAGCAUGAGAAUCUUGUGACGCUAAGAGGGUUUUGUUGCUCGAAGGGGAGGGGUGAGUGCUUUCUCAUCUCUGAGUUUGUUCCCAACGGGAACUUACUGCAGUUCCUCGAUGUGGAGCAAGGUAGCGGGAAGGUUCUUGAAUGGUCCACAAGGAUUUCUGUCAUCAAAGGAAUUGCCGAAGGAAUUUUCUACCUCCACAGAAGCAAAGGCAAGAAACCAGCAGUAAUACACCAGAACAUCUCCGCAGAAAAGGUCCUCCUUGACCACUGGAACAAUCCUCUGCUUGCAGACUCGGGCCUUCACAGGCUCCUUGUGGACGACAUCCUGUUCUCAAAGCUCAAAUCUUCUGCUGCUAUGGGAUACCUUGCCCCAGAAUACACAACCACCGGCCGAUUCACAGACAAAAGCGACAUUUACGCGUUCGGCGUGCUUGUGUUCCAGAUUCUUUCAGGGAAAACACUGAUCAACCCAAUAAUCCGGAAGGGUGCUGAGUCAGGGAAGUUCAGUGAAUUCAUUGACCCUAACUUGGAAGGAAGUUUCCCAGAGUUCGAGGCAGAGAGGCUCAGCAGACUUGCUCUCCUGUGUACCCAUGAUUUCCCGAGCCUUAGGCCUUCCAUGGAAGAAAUCGUGAAAGAGCUGAGCGGCUCAGGUUGGAGUUCUUGAUUAAGUCUUAGGGGCAAGUCCGUAUGUGUCUUGGCUCGUUUUUCGGAUGCUGAGUGUGUGGCCUUUAAGUUUCAGCAUACCUGGUUCUAACUUCUGACUCAUUUUCUGGGAGGGUUAUAUGGUCAAACGAUGCCCCUAGACAACCUUGUCCUGUCCUUGAGUACAGUUGUUUCUAUAUUAAGCAUGUAACUGUUGUUAAUGCAGAAAACCAUUAAAGGCUUGUAAAGUAGAUUCAUUAGUGGACCUCCGAUAUGUUCAAGCAUAUCCACAUAUGCAUUAUCAUAUGGUUAAUAUGUAAAAUUUCUGAGAGUGAAAUUGUCAUUUCUUGAAAUA